AUGAAACCAGUUUCUUAUUCGGAAAUCAAAGAGUCUUUAUUACAUUCCAUCUUUCCAUCACUUAGUGGUUUUCGAGCUGGAAUCUUCCCAUCUCGAGCUUUUGCUGGGGUCGAUGGAUCGAGCAGACUGUUUCUUAUAGGCCCCUAUGUCUUUGAUGAGAAGCAUACCCUUGAUGUCGGUCAAAAGGAACCUGCUAUGUUUGCUGGUGAGUUCUCUAUCAACACUUCAACAGUGUAG